AAAAUCAUGUUCUUAUUUAGAUUACGAAUAAAACGAAAACCAAGUCAAAAGUCUUUUUAAAAUCAAUUGAUUUCUCACAUUGACUUCAUGUAAUCAUAAAUUCACAAUCAUUUAACUUACGAAAAUUGAUUUUACUUGAUCAUCCGAUUAAUUACAACAAGAGAUGGCCUCAUCAAUUGAAAUAAUGGAAUCAAAUCUCACAACAUCAAAGAAUCAGGAGGAGAAAUGCGAGUUAAAGCCCGAAUUGGCCGAUUAUGGCAGUUUAAAAGACGAUGGCGAUUAUCCCAGUGGAGAAUUUGAGUUUAAAAAACCAGGUGCUUGGAAGAGCUUCGUGGUGAAGCUACGCAUGCUAACUGUUUAUCCAUUGCAACGUGUUCGCAAAGGCAGCGUUCUGAAUAUCAAAUUGCGCGGCAAGAUAACUGAUCAAGUGAAGGGUCGUUUCUCUUCAGGAUUAUCCCUACCUCAAAUCUGUGAAAACCUAAUUAAGGCAGCAUAUGAUCCUCGUAUAUCUGGUGUUUAUCUCCACAUUGAAACCCUGAAAUGUGGAUGGGCCAAAAUUGAAGAAACUAGAAGACACAUACUGGAUUUUAGAAAGUCAGGAAAGUUCAUUGUUGGUUAUGCACCUGUAUGGCAUGAAAAGGAGUAUUACAUUGCCUGUGCUUGUGAAGAGCUGUAUGCCCCUCCAAGUGCGUACUUUUCAUUGUAUGGUUUAACUGCUCAAGCAUCAUUUCUUGGAGGUGUACUUGAGAAAGUAGGAGUUGAACCACAAGUAGAGAGGAUUGGUAAAUACAAGAGUUUUGGUGAUCGACUAACUCGCAAGAAUAUAUCUGAAGAAAAUCGCGAGGUUCUUACAACAUUAGUAGAUAAUAUCUAUGGGAAUUGGGUCAACACGGUUUCUCAAUCCAAAGGAAAGAAAAAGGAAGAUAUUGAAAGGUUUAUCAAUGAAGGAGUUUACCAAGUAGAAAAGUUGAAAGAAGAUGGAUGGAUAACAGAUAUAAAAUACGAAGAUGAGGUUACAUCUAUGCUGAAAAAGAAAUUAGGCAUUGUGGAGAAGAAAAAACUUCCACUUGUUGCUUACAAGAAAUACUCAAGAGUUAGAAAAUGGAGCUUGGGAUUGACAGGUGGCAAAGAUCAAAUUGCAGUAAUCAGAGCUUCAGGUAGCAUUAGUCGUGUAGGAGGCUCAUUUUUUGAACCUAAUUCAGGCAUCAUUGCUGAGAAAUUCAUUGAGAAGAUUCGCAAAGUAAGAGAGUCAAAAAGGUAUAAGGCAGUUAUUAUCCGAAUUGAUAGUCCUGGUGGUGAUGUUCUUGCUUCUGACUUGAUGUGGAGGGAAAUCAGUUUAUUGGCUGAAUCUAAGCCUGUGAUUGCAUCAAUGGUUGAUGUUUCAGCUAGUGGAGGAUACUAUAUGGCAAUGGCUGCACAAAGUAUAGUCUCAGAGAAUCUUACUUUGACUGGGUCAAUUGGUGUUGUUUCAGCUAAGUUUAAUUUUGGGAAAUUAUAUGAAAGAAUUGGUUUCAACAAGGAAACCAUAUCAAAGGGACAAUUUGCUGACCUGUAUGCUUCUCAUCGGCCAUUCAGACCUGAUGAAGAGAAACUGUUUGCGGAAUCUGCCCAGAAUAUGUAUAAACGAUUUCGUGACAAGGCAGCAGCUUCAAGAUCCAUGAGUGUGGAAAAGAUGGAGGAGAUUGCUCAAGGGAGAUUAUGGACUGGUGAUGAUGCUGCUUCAAAGGGUUUAGUUGAUGCAAUUGGAGGCUUCUCACGUGCUGUGGCUAUAGCCAAACACAAGGCCAAAAUACCUCAACACAAAAAGGUUAGAUUGGUUGAGGUGUCGAAACAAUCACUUUCUUUACCACAAAUCCUGUUCCGCAUGAUGACAUCAGCAACGGGACUACAUCAACUACAUGAUGGCUUCACAUCGGGUGAUGGGGUGCAAGCGCGUAUGGAUGAUGGGAUCAUGUUUCAGGGAUCAGAAGGAUCUUUGCUUGCAGUUGCAGACCCUAUUUUAAAUCUGCUGAAAGACUACCUGAAUUUUGUUUGAUCUUAAGUGAUGGGGCACUUGGUAUAUUUUCCUUGUUACACAUUAAUCUGUAACUCUUCAUAAAACCUUAAUUAAUAAUCUUGAAAACGUAAAAGAAACUAUUCAAAAGAAAUAAAAAGGGUUUCAUGCAUCA